AUGUCUCCUGUCCCCGCCUCCAUUCUUCGCGCCCUGUCUCUAUCUUCGGAUCCGUCAAAAGUCAGCCUCUCAUCUUCCGGCCUGGGGUCCGGAUUCACCAGCACAGGGGCCAUUCGAGCCAAGGUAGCCACAGAAAAAGGCGAAGAAGAAGAGCGCCGGUACUUCGUCAAGACAUCAGCAGAUGGCAAAGCUGCAGAGGAGAUGUUCCGCGGGGAAUACGAAUCUCUCAACGCGAUUGCAGGCUCGGUGCCGGGAUUCUGUCCGCGCGCUGUGGCGUGGGGUCCACUAGACGACUCGGACAAUAACAAGAAAUUCUUUCUCGCGACGGAGUUCCUCGACCUGGGCGGCUCAAUGGGCCGCAGUAACUCUGGUGAUGAGAGCACGCCAACAACUCUUGCGCAUCGGCUGGGAAAACUGCACACCACGCCCGCACCACCAGAUCCAGAGACGGGGCGACGUCGAUUCGGGUUUUCUGUUCCUACAUUCUGCGGGGAUACAAAGCAGCCGAAUCGAUUUUACGACAGCUGGGCCGAUUUCUACGCGAACGAGCGCCUACUCACCAUCCUAGCCUCGUCAGAACAGCGCAAUGGUCGCGACGCCGGACUGCGCGAGCUAGUCGAGAAAACAGCGCACACUGUUGUUCCCCGAUUACUAGGCGAUAGCCAUUUAGGAUUUAAUUCCCGUGGAGAGGGGGAGGGGAUUGUCCCCGUCGUUGUGCAUGGGGAUCUAUGGAGCGGGAACGCAGAUUAUGGUCGGAUCGUGGGUACUGGACGAGAUGAAAAGCCUGGAGAUGUGGUCUAUGACCCGUCGGCGUGCUACGCGCACAGCGAGUUUGAGCUAGGGAUCAUGCAUAUGUUUGGGGGCUUUGGGGCACGGUUUUUCAGUCAGUAUCAUCGUGUCGUGCCCAAGACGGAGCCCGUGGAGGAGUACGAGGAUCGGGUGCGAUUGUAUGAGUUAUAUCACCAUCUGAACCACCAUGCCAUUUUUGGAGGUGGGUAUCGAUCUGGUGCGAUGUCGAUUAUGCAGAAGUUGGUUCGGAAGUAUGGCGAUGCGAAGGCGUAG